AAAUUAUUCGUGGAAGUGUGAGUACUGUGAGUUGAUAGCGUUGUAUAUUGUGUUGUGUGUGUGCGUUGAAAUUUCUUGGAAAUAGCUCAGGGCGUUCAAUACAGGUAAACGGCGGGUUAACUCACCCCUGGAGUGCAAUGUGAAAAAGUUGUUAGCCCUACUGGCAUUUCGAAAGGUUGCCUUUGCCUCUUUUUGCGACGUAUCUAAAAGUGCAAGUUUACUCUAUAGUUCGUGCUAGUUUGAAAAGUUCUCGACACACGUACGGUGUUUAAUUAUGUGCUUAUAAAUAAAUUUGAGUAGUGGGGUGAAGAAUACUUUUAUCAAUACUUGGAACAUUUGAAAUCAUCCACCAUGUCGCUCUGGGCCAGAGCUCAGCAGUUGCCGCCUGAGAGUUUGCAGAAGGUACGCACUAUCUAUGGAGAUCAUUUUCCCAUCGAAGUGCGUCAUUGCAUCGCACCAUGGAUUGAGAGCAGGAUCUGGACUGCGGAACCGGAAGACCAGCAGCGAUUCUUCGUGGACGAGCUCGUCCAGGAGAUCCAGGCCCACGCGGACCUCAUGCUGUCCCCGGACAUGUUCGUUACGAAGAUGAAACUCCUGGACGCAGCGAAGAACUUCCACAUGCAAUACAGCCAUGCUCCGCAUGAACUAUAUGCGUAUAUGCGUCGCUCGCUCGCCAUGGAGAUGGAUGUGAUUCAGAAUGCGAUCGGAGCACCCUACGUAGCCCAGCCGCAGACCGAGAGGAAAUAUAGCGAGCUGAUCACCGGUCUGCAGACAGUUCGCCAGAAGGUCAACAUGGUUGGUGAAGAGAUCCGAAGCUUGCAAGCUAACAUCGAGUCCUUCUCGCUGCAAUACCAUGAGUGCUUGAAGAAUAAAGGCCACAUGAACUACCUACAGCAGUCGAUGAGCAACGACCGUCGCGAUCUAGUCGCGUGUCUGCGCGUUCAGAUUGAAGAGACCGAGAGGAAACUCAACGCCCUGGUGGCCCAGAUCAGCCAAUCGCAGAUGGAGCUGGUGGACCACAUGAAGGAGAACAUCGCCAACCUGAGGCAGCUGCAGAGCCAGGUCUUGGAUGAGGAGCUUAUCAAAUGGAAACGCGAGCAACAGCUGAGCGGCAACGGCGUACCGAUGCAGUCGAACCUGAACACCAUCCAGGAGUGGUGCGAACUCCUCGCGGACCUGAUCUGGACGACGCGCCAGCAGGUCAACAACGUGGCGCGCAUCAACACCAAGACGAUCGUCGAGCUGCGGCAGCCGCACCUGGCCGAGAUGCUCGACGAGAUGAGCAAGCAGGUAACCGGGUUACUCUCAACCCUGGUCACUUCAACCUUUGUCAUUGAGAAACAACCGCCGCAGGUUAUGAAGACCAACACACGCUUCACGGCUACGGUCCGUUUGCUGGUCGGGGGUCAGCUGAACGUGUAUAUGACGCCGCCAAGAGUCAGCGUCGUGAUAAUAUCUGAGCAGCAAGCCCAGCUACUCCUGAAGAGCGAGACCCAGGCCGGCAAGGGCAAGCAGCCGGUGGAGUGUGGCGACAUCCUCAACAACACCGGCACCAUGGAGUACCAGCCGACGAGUCGACAGCUCAGCGUCAGCUUCAGGAACAUGCAACUUCGUAAGAUCAAACGCGCCGAGAAGAAAGGCACAGAAAGUGUGAUGGAUGAGAAGUUGACGCUGCUGUUCCAGUCGCAGUUCAACGUUGGAGGCGGAGAGCUGGUCUUCCAAGUAUGGACCCUCUCCCUGCCUGUCGUGGUGAUUGUCCACGGCAACCAAGAACCCCACGGCUGGGCGACAGUCACGUGGGACAACGCAUUCAGCCCCCCGGGCCGCGUGCCCUUCGCCGUGCCUGAUAAGGUGACUUGGGGCCAGCUAGCGGAGACGCUCCGCAUCAAGUUCUGUUCGGCGACCGGCGGUGACCUCUCGGAGGACAACCUUCGAUUCCUGGCUGAGAAGAUUUUCAGCGUCUGCGCCGCGGGCAGGACCAGCCUCCCCCUCAACACGCUGGAGCUGAACGCCACUCCCGUCUCCUGGACCCAGUUCUGCAAGGACGCCCUGCCCGAGAGGAACUUCACCUUCUGGGAGUGGUUCUACAUGGUCGUCAAGGUCACCAGGGAUUAUCUGAGGACGCUGUGGUGUGAUCGCCUGAUCAUGGGCUUCAUUCAGAAGAAGCAAGCUGAGGAGAUGCUCUCCAAGUGUCCUCCGGGCACCUUCCUCCUGCGUUUCUCCGACUCGGAGCUCGGAGGAAUCACCAUCGCCUGGGUCGGUGAGGGUAACGAGGUCUUCAGUCUCCAGCCGUUCACCGCUCGCGACCUGAUGCUGCGCUCCCUCGCAGACAGGGUCCUGGAUCUCACUCAACUCCAGUUCCUGUACCCGAACAUCGCUAAAGAUGAUGUCUUCUCCAAGUAUUAUACCAAGCCAGAGAACGAAAUGCUGAAGAACGGCUACGUGAAGCCGGUCCUAGUGACCACUCUGCCCUCCUACAUGUCGUCCUCGCCGGCCUACGCUCACUCGCCCGACUCGCAUCGCAACACACCCAGUGUGCAGAGCAGCUACUUCAGCGCGGCGACUCCCGCUCAGACGGACAGCUACAUGGACAGCGACUUGUUCGAGCAGAUCCGCGCCUUCGAGCCGGACGGCUUGGACGACUUCGAUAUCUACAGCAACAUGAGCAUGAAGUGAGGUGACAAAUGUAACCACGAAAUUAUACCUUUUUUAGUACGUAAGCUA